AUGGAGGGGACCUUGGAUAACAUUCUUCAACAGCAGUCGCUGAAAUGGAUUUUCGUGGGGGGCAAAGGUGGCGUGGGAAAAACUACCACAAGCUGCUCUCUUGCUAUCCAGUUGAGCAAGUUCAGAAAGAACGUGUUGCUGAUAUCUACGGAUCCCGCUCACAACCUUUCCGAUGCGUUUGGCCAGAAAUUCGGAAGAACCCCGACAGCAAUAUCCGGGUUUGAAAAUCUGUUUGCAAUGGAAAUAGACCCGGCUGCCACAUUUGAAGAGCUUUCUGUAGAGUUUUCAUCGUCCGUCAGCAAUGCCGAAGAUGAGCGAGAAGAGCUCCCGUCUUUUAAGGGAAUCAUGAAUGAAAUCGGAACAUCAAUCCCUGGAGUUGACGAGGCCAUGGGAUUUGCAGAGAUCAUGAAGCUCGUCAAAUCAAUGGAAUAUUCAACAGUUGUGUUUGAUACCGCGCCUACGGGGCACACGCUCCGCUUCUUGUCCUUCCCAUCGAUCAUGUCCAAAGCCUUUGCAAAGUUAUCCGAUCUUCACACCCGUUUUGGGCCAAUGAUCCAGCAGAUGUCGGGACUACUUGGUCUGGGAUCAUCUGCAGCAGGAUCAUUUAACCCAACUACGAUUUUCUCAAAGAUUGCAGAAUUGCGAACAAUAACCGAUGAAGUCAAUGCUCAGUUCAAAGAUGCCACCAAAACGACAUUUGUGUGCGUCUGCAUUGCCGAGUUUCUGUCUCUCUACGAGACAGAAAGAAUGGUGCAGGAACUUGCCGUUUUUGGAAUCGAUACACACAACAUAAUCGUAAAUCAACUGGUACCGCCCUCCACUUCUUCCAAUGCAUCGAGCUCGUCUUGUGACAUGUGCAUGGCCCGCAGAAAGAUCCAGAAAAAAUAUCUGGACCAAAUUAUAGAGCUCUAUGAGGAUUUCCAUAUUGUCCAGCUGCCCCUGCUUAACUCUGAGGUCCGCGGUCCAGCUGCCCUAAAAGCAUUUUCGGAAAGACUUGUGCAUCCCAGUGUGCAGUCGUGA